UAACACCUUCAGCUUGGAGAUCAACGUAUUACAAUUCAUUCGGCGGAAAUGAAUACAGUAAAAUAUUUUUUUUAUUCUACAAAGCUCCCCUAACUCAGGGACAGUCUCCGGUGGCCGCUAUAGCAAUCACCGCGUUAAUAAUGCAUGUCAUAUACAUAUCAAUUUCAAAAGCAGUACUUUCGAAAAAGAACCAUUUCCCUCGCAAGUGCAUAAUAAUUAUUUGGCCUGCACCCUCUUCUACACCUGACGUUCAAGUAAACCUGCGCAAGCGUUCGAUAUAAACCCACCCUUCGGCGAAUACGGAAAAGUAUAUAUACCGAUUCGCUUUCAUACUCGGUCACCAUGGCGAUCAACAACGGAUCAGGCUAAUCCGAUUCAUCAGGACGAUUGUUCUCGACCCUCUAACAAGGAUUUAGGUUCUGUCAGGCAAGUAAAAAAAAUGUUGGUUUUUCAAGGUUGUAAAAUAUCAAUGCAUUGAAUACAAAUUUCUUUUUCUUUGAAAGAUUUGAAGUUGAGUCAUUGGAAAAUUAAAAUAGACUCUUACCAAUGAUUUAAAAAAAUUAAAAUUAGAUUCCUUGCAGGAGUGUCUGAGAAAUUCUGAGCGAGCAGUAUAAAUAUAAGGGUGAGUCAUGAAGUUUCUGCAAAAUAUGCACUACUAAGAAUACUUAUUCAAUUUAUACAUCUUUUCUGUUCUUUAUCAAUCUACUCUUACUCAUCGAAAGAGUUUCAAUUUAUUUUUUCCUAUUAACAAUGACUUCUUCAAUGCAAUACUCUUGAGUCCAUUAGGAAGUCCUGUACAUUUAUAGUCAUUUUUACAAUAGAUUAUUAGAUUAAAAUGUACAGGUUCCAAAAUGAAAUACCAUAAUUAACAAAAAUCACAAGUAUCUUAAUAAUUUAUGGAAAUUAACAGCAUUGCUGAGCAGAGUCAGACAGUCAUGUAAUAUCAUGACUUUCAGAAUAAAACAAGCAAAGCGAUGUCCUUUUACGUGGAUAUCGUUACAGAGGACUCUUUCUACGAGAACCUCACGCUGGGCGUGGUAAAGAUUCUCGAGAAUCUGCCAUAUAUAAAAAAUGUACGAAUCGACAGAAGAAACGGAUGCGAGAGUACGACUAUUACCAACUGGGAGCAACGACAUUGUUGUGUGCUCCCAGAGGAUGUUAAAAACUUCUACGCCUCGAUCGAUGGUUUCUUGCUCCAGUGGAACCUUGAGAUAGCUGGUGAAGAAUUUUCAGUUGGACGCAUGGAAGUAGGGACAUUCUCUUCCCUUAAACGGUACACGAACAUCAAAGAACGUCCCACGGAUUCCAGCAGCAAGCGAGAUGUGUCUUCUUCCUCUUCCGUCGAUUCCGAGAAGGCAGAAACGGAGGUAAUUUCAAGUAGCGCGACUGAUGUCGAGAACAGUGCUUCUGUUCUUCUGGAAGGAAGUGGUGCGCACGGUUGCAAGAUGUUCGAAAUCGCGCAGUGUUUCCCAGAAAGUGGCAAGGCCAAGGUCUAUUUGGUGUAUAGGAUGAAAGCGGAACAAGAAGCACCUAGUAUCUGGCUGCAUCGAGAGGAAGCGAAUCGGUGGUACCAUUUGGCUGACAGUUUCAUUGUAUAUUUUCGUAUGAUGCUGGUUCAUCUCGGCUUGCCAUUGUGGCAAUGCUGUGUGGCGGGUGUGUCUUUGCCGACGUGGGUCGAGCAGGUGUACUUUCUUGUUGGUCCACAUUUACUGCCUUCCAUUAUUGAACCCACGGAAACCAUUUCCACGUCCAUGUGGAACAUGGGACCCACGAACGCUAUCGAUCCGGCCAUUUUUAAAGCGAAGGAGGGAAAACAGAAGUGUUCCAGGAAGAAAUAAUGUUGGUUUAAUUGAU